AUGGCCGCCGUCACUCGCCAGCCCUUUGCUCCUCUGGACGGAGCCCGUCUUCAAUCAUUAACCAGUCUCAAAAACAGACAAAAUGCCGCUCCUGUUUCUCCAAAGCGCAAAGCAGAGUUGCUGGAGAUUGACAACUGCGAGAAUGUCGAUCCGCUGCUCUUCUCCAAGCGCUCCAAGGGCGUCAGCUCCAAGGACGCCCUCAAGCCCUCCAACUUCUUUCUCACUCCCAAGGUCAGCACUCCUGCGCGGUCUUCCGCCCCCGUCAAGGCUGCUUCAACGCCUCGACGCAUCCUCAGCGCAAAGUCAUGCUUGAGCAAGCUCGGCUCUGAAAAUGCCACGCCCAAGUCCUGCCCUCCUCCAGCGGGACGCUCACCAACCCAUGGAAAGCGAUCAAAGAUGCUGUCAAGCCGGCGACGCACUACUCGCCUGGACCCUCCCUCAUUCAUGGGCUCUUCUUCCGCCCCCUUCUCUCUCGAUGCUGCCUUGAAGGGCACCAUCGCCGGGUACACCCCCAAGCCUUCUGCCAGGAAACCCAUGUCCAGCCUGCUUGAGCCUGAGAGCAAGUCCAGCUGGUUCUUUGACAUUCACGAGGACACCCCUGAGCAGGAGAUGACCAACCUUCUCCAGCACAGCACCUGCACACUCGACAUCUCGUCUGAUGAGGAGACGGAGCAGCGCGCAAAGCGAGAUGGUGCUGAGGGUCGUGACAAGGAGAACAUUCCUCCUCCAGAUGACGUCUCUCAGACCUCGGCCCAGCCGGCCAGCCAGCCCAAGGGCGAGGAGAUGGUUAUCGAAAAGGAGCGAGUUGCACUGGGAGAGAUGAACGCUGCUGAUUUCUACGCCGAUGGCUGUGAUGAUUCAUCGGUGAUUCUGAUCCACGAGGAUGACGAGGAGCCGGAAGCUCCUCUCGCCGCCAUCUCAAACAUUCCUGAAGAGGAAGAGGAAGAGGUAGAGACAGAGGUUGAGGAGGAGGAUGAACCCGAGCUCGAGAUUCACGAGGACAUUGAUGCCCUCAUCUCAAGAUCCGACGACUCAUCCAAGGCUGCUGUGCUACAACCCAUCGAAGGCACAGGCGAGAGCUUUGAGCUGUGGGAAAGCGACAGCGCUAAAGAUGCUGGGAGCCCGUGCGGAAGCCCGUGA